GUGCGGGAGAUGAUUGUGGAGCUGCUUUCGUGUGAUGAGCGCGUGUUCCACGUGGCUCGUGCGCGGCAGCCUUUGGCUGAAAGUUCGCCGAGCCGGAGCCGCUUUGCUCUCGCUGCCGAAAGCCGGCGACGUGCGGGCACGCGCGCGGCGCGCACACGGCGCAGCUCUGGCGCAGGAGCCCAGGUGGGAAGAAGGACGGUCUCAGGAUGGCAAAAAAUGGAAAACCCUGGAACACAAAGGUCCCCUUUUCCCACCAGAAUACGAACCCCUACCCCAGGACGUGUCUUUCUAUUACAAUGGAAAGCCACUCAGGCUCAGCAUAGUUGCAGAGGAGGUGGCCACCUUCUAUGCCAAGAUGCUGGACCAUGAGUACACCAGUAAGGAGAUAUUUCAGAAGAACUUCUUUACAGAUUGGCGUGAGGAAAUGACAGCUGAGGAACGUGAUCUUAUCUGUGAGUUCUCCAAGUGUGACUUUGGCGAGAUGCACAGAUACUUUGUGGAGCAGUCUGAAAAGAAGAAAGACAUGUCAAAGGAAGAAAAGGAGGUGCUCAAAGAGGAGACAAAGAAGCUGACGGAGGAGUAUGGUUACUGCCUUUUGGAUGGCCACAAGGAGAAAAUAGGAAACUUCCGGGUGGAACCACCAGGACUGUUUCGUGGACGAGGCGAACACCCUAAGAUGGGCAAGCUGAAGAAAAGGAUUCUUCCGGAGGAUAUCAUCAUCAACUGCAGCAAUGAUUCAAAAACCCCAGAGCCCCCAAAGGGCCACAAGUGGAAGGAAGUCCGGCAUGAUGAUACUGUAACCUGGUUGGCUUCCUGGGUGGAGAAUGUGCAGGGAAGCAUAAAGUACAUAAUGCUUAAUCCCAGUUCCAAACUGAAGGGAGAAAAAGACUGGCAAAAGUAUGAAAUCGCUCGUAAGCUCAAGCUUAAAGUGGAAACAAUUAGAAAGGAGUAUGAGAGAGACUGGAAGUCCAAGGAAAUGAAGAAGAGACAAAAAGGGGUUGCUGUGUACUUCAUAGACAAGCUGGCCCUGCGGGCGGGUAAUGAGAAGGAGGAGGGCGAGACGGCCGACACAGUUGGCUGCUGCUCGCUGCGCGUGGAGCACAUCACCUUGCACAAAGAACUGGAUGGGCAGGAGUGUGUGGUGGAGUUUGACUUCCUGGGCAAGGACUCAAUUCGUUACUACAACAAGGUCCCAGUGGAUAAGAGGGUUUUCAAAAAUUUAAAGCUCUUCAUGGAAAACAAGAACCCAGAAGAUGACUUGUUUGACAGAAUCAAUACCACCUAUUUAAACAAGACCUUGAAUAACUCCAUGACGGGCUUGACAGCCAAAGUGUUUCGGACCUACAACGCUUCCACAACGCUUCAGGAGCAGCUCAGCAAACUCACCUCACCCAAUAUGACACUGGAGGAGAAACUGCUCUCUUACAAUCGGGCAAACAGAGCUGUGGCCAUUCUCUGUAACCAUCAGAGGACAGCGCCAAAAACCUUUGAGAAGUCCAUGCAGAACCUUCAGCAGAAGAUUGAACUGAAGCAGAAGCAGCUGGAUGAAGCAAAGGCGGAGCUUAAGAAGGCAAAGAGUGAUUACCGUGAAUCUAAAACUGAAAAACUGAAAAGACUUGUGGAGCAGAAGGAGAAGAUGGUGAAGAGGUUGCAGGAGCAACUGAAGAAACUGCAGCUCCAGAUGACAGACAGGGAGGAGAACAAGGUCAUUGCUCUGGGCACCUCCAAACUCAACUACCUUGACCCCAGGAUCUCUGUGGCCUGGUGUAAAAAAUUUGAUGUUCCAAUUGAGAAGAUUUACAACAAAACCCAAAGGGACAAGUUUGCUUGGGCCAUUGAUAUGACCAAUGAGGAUUUUGAGUUCUAGGUUCAAAUUGUCAGUCUUGGAUAAAGCAAUUUCCUUGCUGCAAAGACUGUUCUAACACUGUGUUGCAGAUGUGGCAAUAUGUUAAUAUAAAGUUUUGAAUUAAACUUUAUUAAACUCACUGUUCAG